AUGGGCAAGUGCAAGUACCAUCUGCUGUACUCUCGCGAGGAAGAGCCGUCCAUCCGCGGCGAAAAUCUUCAUUUGGAGCUCGAAACCACCGGUAUUCCUGAUGGCGGCGUUCGAUGGCAAUUUAUUACGCGUUACCGACCGAGCAAGCCGAGUUAUCGCAACGUGCUGCUCCAAGCCAUCCUUGAGAUGUGCAAGAAGCACGAGCUCACUCCUCUCGAGAUUCGACACCCUCAUUGUCAGGGUGGCCGCAGCUUUGUUGAUGUCGUCUUUGCCAAUAAAGACGACGUGAUCAAAGUGUGUAACCGCAAAAUCACUUUUGAAUAUUACGGCACGCACCCACAGCUUGUCAACAGCGCCAUGCCCGAUCGCAACCAUGUCGCUCUGUGCAUCCAAAUCCUGCCACGGGAUGUCGAUCUUCCAGCAGUAGAGAGAGCAAUCCUGAAACAUCCGCAAAUCCGCAAGGUCGGCCAUGUGCUCGAUAUCUGGUCGGUCCACUGCCCUAAAUCGAAUCAGUUCGAGGGCAGCGUUCUCGUCCUGCUGGAGCUCUUCACGCAGCAAGGUGUCGUACCACUUGAGACACGUGCUUCAAUCCCCAGCUGGUUUGUCUUCAAUGGCGUGGCAUACAUCGUCCUAUUUCCCAAUCGACCCGCUUGGUGCUUCCACUGCCGAUACGAUGAAUCCGGAGUCUUCCACAGCAGAUACACGUGUCCAGCGAUCCCAUGCGAGACGUGCAAGAAGAAAGGUCACACUUCGGUUGAAUGUGCCAAACGUCGUAUGCAGGUUGCAAAGAAGCAACAAGACGAUGGAGAGUUCCGCGUCUUCAUCAACAAACAGCAAGACGACACCAGGACGAUUUCAACGGCUCGUGUAUCGAUUCAGCGACAACUCGGGGAGCUCGGCAUUAGUCCCGGCAGCGACAUGGCAGAGCUAUGUUGCGACUUUGGCGUGUUGGCGCUGUCGGAGAACGACUUUGAUAGCGAGCCAUAUUGA